AGAGAGGCCGCGCCGUGAGCAGGGCUGUCCCGGCCCUGGGGAGUUACUAGCUGGGACUCAAAACUCUUGGGAUACAAUGAAGUGACUCUGGGACUCUUGGUUUAGCAGGAAAAAUUAAAUAAAGCAAUCUGUUUCCACUACUUGGAAUAAAGACCAGUACAGGAGAAGCAGGAUGAAAAUAUGGCCGACUUCUUGUUACCACCGGGUACUAACAGCUUCCACCGGUUCACGCCUGAAUCCUUGGCUGCUAUUGAGAAGCGCAUUGAGGAGAAGCACACAAGGACCACCAAGCAGGAGAACAAGGAACAGGUGGGAGAGGAAGAAAAGCCUCGACCUCAAGUUGACUUACAGGCUUGCAAAAAGCUGCCUGAACUCUAUGGGAAUCCUCCCCCAGAGCUCAUUGGGGAACCACUGGAGGAUCUCGACUCUUACUACAGCGAUCACAAGACAUUUAUAGUACUGAACAAAGGGAAGACAAUCUUUCGAUUUAGUGCCACUCCUGCCAUGUAUAUACUUAGCCCUUUCCAUCCCAUCAGAAGAGCAGCAAUUAAAAUUUUGAUCUUUACAUUGUUCAGUAUGUUUAUUAUGUGCACUAUUUUAACCAAUUGUGUGUUCAUGGCACAAUCAGAGACUCCGUCUUGGAAUAAAUAUGUUGAGUAUACUUUCACUGGCAUUUACACUUUUGAAUCACUGAUAAAAAUAUUGGCGAGAGGAUUUUGUAUGACAGAAUUCACCUUCCUUAGAGAUCCAUGGAACUGGCUGGAUUUCAGUGUUAUUGUUAUGGCGUAUGUAGGAGAAUUUGUGAAUGUAGGCAGUGUUGCACCUCUUCGGACUUUCAGGGUAUUGAGAGCUUUAAAAACUAUUUCAGUAAUUCCAGGAUUGAAGACCAUUGUAGGUGCACUUAUCCAGUCUGUUAAGAAACUUGCCGAUGUGAUGAUCCUGACCGUUUUCUGCUUGAGUGUCUUUGCCCUCAUAGGCUUGCAGCUCUUUAUGGGAAAUUUAAGACAUAAGUGCAUCAGGAACUACACUGAGCUGAACUCCACCAAUGGUACAUUUUAUUUGGAUGGCAAGACGUGGUACUCCGUGGAUGAGUUUCUAAAUGAUCAAGAAAACUACUUCAUAAAGAACGGCACUACAGAUGUAUUACUGUGUGGCAAAAGCUCAGAUGCUGGCACGUGUCCACAGGGCUAUGGCUGCUACAAGGCUGGUGAAAAUCCUGAUCAUGGCUACACAAGCUUUGAUACUUUUGGCUGGGCAUUUCUCUCUCUCUUCCGCCUGAUGACACAGGAUUACUGGGAGCGUCUCUAUCAACAGACCCUGAGAUCUGCUGGGAAGAUCUACAUGCUCUUUUUUAUGCUGGUCAUCUUCCUGGGCUCAUUUUAUCUGGUCAACUUGAUCCUGGCUGUAGUAGCCAUGGCUUAUGAAGAACAGAACCAAGCUACUAUUGCUGAAACAGAGGAAAAGGAAAGGAAGUUUCGGGAAGCCAUGGAAAUGCUAAAGAAAGAGCAAGAGGCGCUGGCUGCUAAGGGAAUCGACUCCUUGUCACUUAGCUCUUUGGAAAUGUCACCUUUAGCAUCUAAAAAUGCCAAAGAAAGAAGAAAUAGGAGAAAGAAAAAGAAGUCAACGGGGGCAGAAGAUUGUGGAGAAGACCAAAAGGUUCCCAAACCUGAGUACGAUGGCAGUCAGAGAAGAAUGACUCUCCUUGGCAUUAGUUAUGGUCCCAGUACAAAUUUGCUGAAGCGCAAAGCCAGCCAUGGAAGCGUAUUCAGUUUCCGACUCCGAGGCAGAGACACCGGCUCUGAAACAGAUUUUGCCGACGACGAGAUCAGUACUGCUGGGGAAACCGAAAGCCACCGUGGCUCAUUCUUAGUUCCUAGGCUGGGGAGAUGCCCAAGCAUGCAGAGUCAAGCAAGCCACAUGUCUUACCCAGCUACGCCCAGCUACACACACACUGGCAAGAGAAACAGCUCAGUGGACUGCAACGGCGUGGUUUCCUUGGUGGAAGGAGGCACCGGGGCACAUAACCCAGACCCAGCCUCUCCAACGGGGUUACUGCUGCCUUCAGUUGUUAUGGAAAAACCUGGGACAGGUGACACGACUUCUCCCUCGGAGGAAGCAAGCAGGAAGCAGCUCUUAGUGCCCCAUCACCUUGCAGUGGACCAUUCUGAUAUACCAUUUCAAAGACAAAGAGCAGUGAGCGCCGUCAGCAUCAUUACCAGUGCCCUAGAAGAGCUUGAGGAAUCACAACAGAAAUGUCCUCCAUGCUGGAAUCAUUUUGCCCUUAAAUUUCUCAUUUGGGAUUGCUCUCCUGUGUGGCUGCUAAUCAAGAAAUACGUAAAGUUUGUAGUAAUGGACCCAUUUACAGACCUGACUAUCACCCUUUGCAUUGUGUUGAAUACUCUCUUCAUGGCUCUGGAGCAUCAUAAGAUGACAAAAGAAUUUGAAAACAUGCUCAACAUAGGCAAUCAGGUCUUCACUGGAAUUUUUACAGCAGAAAUGAUCUUCAAAAUCAUCGCUCUAGACCCGUACUACUAUUUUCAGCAGGGCUGGAAUAUUUUUGACAGUAUCAUUGUUUCCUUAAGCCUGAUGGAACUGGGUUUAUCCAGCAUGGGAAAUCUGUCCGUUUUACGUUCUUUCCGACUGCUGAGGGUCUUCAAAUUGGCAAAGUCCUGGCCAACCUUAAAUACGCUCAUUAAAAUCAUUGGUAACUCAGUGGGUGCCCUGGGGAACCUGACCCUGGUUCUGGCCAUCAUAGUCUUUAUUUUUGCGGUGGUAGGAAUGCAGCUUUUUGGGAAAAACUACUUGGAUCACGUCAGCAAGAUAAGCUCCAAUGGCCGUUUGCCACGUUGGCACAUGAACGAUUUCUUCCAUUCUUUCCUCAUUAUAUUCCGAAUUCUCUGUGGAGAAUGGAUUGAGACCAUGUGGGACUGUAUGGAAGUAGCUGGACAACCAUUGUGCCUUCUCGUCUUCUUGCUGGUCAUGGUGAUAGGAAACCUAGUGGUGCUCAAUCUGUUCCUUGCAUUGCUGCUGAGCUCUUUCAGCGCUGACAACCUUUCAGCACCAGAUGAAGAUGGAGAGCUGAACAAUCUGCAAAUUGCUUUUGCUCGGAUCAACAGGGGACUCCAGUACGUGAAACGCACAAUCUGGAAUUUCUGCUGUAAUGUACUCAGGCAUCCUAAGACAACAGCAGAAAAGAAGGCCAUGAUGAAACUUGCUGCCCAGAAUACAGGUGCCCACAACAACUGUAUGAAUAGCCAUACCGCAGCAGAGCCUGGUAAAGAUGUGGAAAAUCACAGAGAGAACCACACUGAUGAUGUGACUAACAGAAAUGGGCAGCGCCCCGUGACAAGUGACAACGAUGAUUUUAUGACCAACCCUGAUCUUUCCAUCUGUGUCCCUAUUGCUGUCGGAGAGUCAGAUAUCGAAGAUCAAGAUGAGGAUGAGGAGCAGAGCACGUUCACAGAAAUGGAACAGGAAAAACAGCUGCAACCGAGGGGGCAGUGCUGCAAAAGCCCAGGAGACCAGAGUCAGACCUCUGAGAUUUGUGAAGAGUUAAGUGAGUUGCAGAUGGAUAAACAGGUGAAAGCUGAACCAUCAUCACCAGUAGGGAAAACAGAGCUUGAUCAAAUCAGUCUCUCUGAAGGCAGCACGGUGGAUUUGACAAAUCCUGCAGAACUGCUGGAACAGAUCCCAGAGUUUGCCGAAGAGCUAAUGGAACCUGAGGACUGUUUUCCAGAAGCCUGCAUCCAACUUUUCCCAUGCUGUACAGCGGACGUCACAAAAUUUCCAGGCAAAAUUUGGUGGCGGCUGAGGAAAACCUGCUACAGGAUAGUUGAGCACAGCUGGUUCGAAACAUUCAUCAUCUUCAUGAUCCUGCUGAGCAGUGGAGCUCUGGCAUUUGAAGAUAUCUACCUUGAAGAACGAAAAAACAUUAAAAUCAUGUUGGAAUAUGCUGACAAAAUGUUCACCUACAUCUUUGUCCUGGAGAUGCUUUUGAAAUGGGUGGCUUAUGGCUUCAAAAAGUAUUUCACCAAUGCCUGGUGUUGGCUUGAUUUCCUCAUCGUAGAUGUCUCUUUAAUAAGCCUCAUAGCUAAUACACUUGGAUACUCCGAAAUGGGUCCCAUUAAAUCCCUUAGGACCCUCCGGGCUCUGAGACCAUUAAGAGCAUUGUCACGAUUUGAAGGGAUGAGGGUGGUUGUGAAUGCCCUGGUGGGUGCCAUCCCUUCCAUCAUGAAUGUGCUGCUCGUCUGCCUUAUAUUUUGGCUCAUUUUUAGCAUCAUGGGAGUGAACCUAUUUGCAGGGAAGUUUGGAAAAUGCAUUAACAAGACUGAGGGGGAUAUGCCGUUAGAUUACACAAUUAUUAACAACAUGACCGACUGCGCAGAGUCUAAUACAACUGGCACUUAUUUCUGGACAAAAGUUAAAGUCAACUUUGAUAACGUUGGUGCUGGUUACCUGGCUCUUCUACAGGUGGCAACAUUUAAAGGUUGGAUGGAAAUUAUGUAUGCAGCAGUUGAUUCACGAGGGAGUGAGGAGCAGCCCGCAUGGGAAAGUAGUUUAUACAUGUACCUCUACUUUGUGAUUUUCAUCAUCUUUGGGUCUUUCUUCACAUUGAACCUCUUCAUAGGUGUCAUUAUUGACAAUUUCAACCAACAAAAGAAAAAGAUAAGUGGGCAAGACAUCUUUAUGACAGAAGAACAGAAAAAGUAUUACAAUGCAAUGAAAAAAUUGGGAUCCAAAAAACCACAAAAACCCAUCCCCAGGCCAGUGAACAAAUACCAAGGUUUUAUUUUCGACAUAGUCACAAAGCAAGCCUUUGAUGUCACCAUCAUGAUUCUCAUCUGCCUUAACAUGAUCACCAUGAUGGUAGAAACAGAUGACCAAAGUCAUGAAAAAGUCCACAUCCUUCAUAUAAUCAACAUGCUCUUUGUUGCUAUCUUCACUGGAGAGUGCAUGAUUAAAAUGGUGGCUUUAAGACACUACUACUUCACCAACGGCUGGAAUAUCUUUGACUUUGUUGUUGUGAUUCUAUCCAUUGUGGGCACUGUCCUUUCUGACAUCAUUCAAAAAUAUUUUUUCUCUCCUACACUCUUCAGAGUCAUUCGCUUGGCUCGGAUUGGCCGGGUCCUAAGACUUAUACGGGGAGCCAAAGGAAUUAGAACUCUCCUUUUUGCCUUAAUGAUGUCACUUCCUGCUCUGUUCAACAUUGGUCUCCUGCUUUUUCUAGUCAUGUUUAUUUAUGCCAUUUUUGGCAUGGCUAACUUUGCCUACGUUAAGAUGGAGCAUGGGAUUGAUGACAUGUUCAACUUCCAAACCUUUGGUAACAGCAUGCUCUGUCUCUUCCAAAUCACAACAUCAGCUGGCUGGGAUGGGCUUCUCAAUCCUAUUUUAAACACUGGACCACCAUAUUGUGAUCCAAACAUCUUAAAUGCAAAUGGUUCAAAAGGAGAUUGUGGAACCCCUGCUAUAGGGAUUUUAUUCUUUGUUACGUAUAUCAUUAUAUCGUUUCUCAUUGUUGUAAACAUGUAUAUAGCCAUUAUUUUAGAGAACUUCAGUGUGGCCACUGAGGAAAGCACAGAGCCUCUAAGCGAGGAUGACUUUGAUAUGUUUUAUGAAAUCUGGGAGAAGUUUGAUCCUGAAGCAACUCAGUUUAUUGAGUAUUCUGCACUUUCAGACUUUGCAGAUGCACUGUCAGAACCUUUACGCAUACCAAAACCAAACAAAAUUAAGCUCAUAGCAAUGGACCUUCCCAUGGUCAGUGGAGACAGGAUCCACUGCUUGGAUAUUUUGUUUGCUUUUACCAAAAAGGUGCUAGGAGAAUCUGGAGAGAUGGAUGCCCUUAAAAUACAGAUGGAGGAAAAGUUUAUGGCUGCCAACCCUUCUAAGAUUUCCUAUGAACCAAUCACAACCACGCUGAGGCGGAAACAAGAGGAGGUUUCUGCCGUUGUUAUCCAGCGGGCGUAUCGAAGGCAUUUGUUUCUACGUUCUCUGAAACAGGCUUCAUACUUAUACCGUCACAGAACUUGUGAUGGCAACAUCAUUGAAGAAGGUGCCCCCGAGAAGGAAGGUCUUAUUGCCUUUAUGAUGAAUGAAAAUUAUGGUAGGCCCAUAGACAAAUCAAACUCUGUUUCCUCAACAUCUUUCCCUCCAUCCUAUGACAGUGUCACAAGAGCCACCAGUGACAACCUCCAGCUAAAAAUGACAGACUCUAGCAAGAGUGAGGAAGCUAUAGAUUGUCUGUUAUCUCCGGACAGAGAUAAAGAAUCCAUUGUUUAAAUAUUUGUUUAGACCGCUUUAAAAUACCGUUUACAGAAUGUAACGCUGUAACUACACAACAAUGGAAGCAGCCUUCUUAUUAAACAUUAGUUGCAAAAGAAACAAUAGAGUUUUUACCCUUAACGAUGGGAGUCAAUACAUUAUCUAACCAUUGGCCCUGCUCUUUUCAACUUUGCUCAAUGUUUAUAUAUGCACAGGUAGAGUCUGUGCAGGGUCACAGCUGUUAUAUCAGUGGUGUGAUCAUGAACAUGCUAGACUGUAAAACAGUAAACACUGUGUAUAUCUAUCCACAGAUAAAGCCUGGCUGUAUACAUUCAUUUAAGGUCUUACUUAUAUUAGUGUGUUUACUUAUGGCAAUGUAUGACCUUGCAUUCUAAAAAGGUAUAUGUAUAUCUAAAAAGAUAUAUAUCUAAAAAGAUAUAUCACAGCUGCUGUAGCAAACUGUAACACUUAUUGUAUAUGUUGUGAAUGGUCUUUCAUAAAUUUAUUAUAUUUGAUAUUUUUUUACUUAAAUCAAAUAAUCGUCUCUUUUUCCAUGGAGAUAGAUCAUCCUUACAUUGUACAUCAUAAACUCAGAAUCAAGGUAACAGGAAUUGGUGAGACUCCCAUCAGACACUGAGGAAAGUUGUUGCAAAGUAAAAUAUUGAAUCAACAACAUUUCAAGUGUUUAUUAAAAUAUCACCUGCCAUUUGGGACAUGUAACUGCUGCUCAGCAGUAAUUAAAACAUUGGAGGAAGAAAGUAAUGUUAAAUAAAAAAAAAGAAAGAAAUGGCUUGUUCUAUCUUACAGGAAAUUAGACAGUAAUGGAUUCUGCUUGUAAAAUUAUUAAUAAAAGCACUAAUUUUUUA